AUGUGGAUCGAGGACGAAGGCAAUCAUGGCAACGACGAAACCCGUCUGUUUAUUUUAUCGUCUUUGGCUCAGUCGCAAAUGAGUCGUGUCGCUUGCAUUUUAUGUGAAGAACCGAUGUUGGUUUUCGAUCGCUAUCCGCUCGUUGACGGUUCAUUUUUCCUGAGCCCAAAACAACAUUCAGCCGGUUGCAUUGAGGUGAAGUAUGAAGGAAGGCCACUAUAUUUGACUUGCGUUUGUAUGGCUUGUUUGGAUGGUACCUCAACGAAUCGUGUCAUUAACUGCAGGUUCUGUGGCGAAAUUUGGGAUGGCUCGAAUCUAGUCCUUGGCACCAUGUAUUCAUAUGACAUUUUUGCCGCAAUGCCAUGCUGUGCUGAGCGUCUAAAGUGCAAUAAUUGCUUCAAAUUGCUUUUGCAUCCGCAGCAGCGUCUCAAUUUCUACAGCGACUAUUCGCACUGCGUCACCUGUCCAUAUUGCGCCACGCAGGAUACUCACUUCGUCAAGCCGUUGAGCUUCUGCUACACCAAAAGCAAUGUGAUACGCCACCAGGCGAUCGCAUAACAUGAGGCCCCGUUGGAGUCCACGGAAAUGCUGGCGGCAGCGACAACAGCCACUCAAACAACAACAGCAGCCAACACUGCCAGCAUUGCGGCUCCAACGGCAAACAAUAGAAACAGCAGCAGCAGCAGCAGCAACAUCAGUAGCAACACCAACAUGCAAUCGAAGAAAAUUGUGCUCUAUAACCCAUCAAUUGAUUACUCAGCACCGCUGCAACAACAAAUCAAUCCUGAAAUCAUUGGUGCGCAUCCUCAUGCACAACAAUACCAACAGCAAUACAGCGGUGGCAGCGGACUCGGUGCCGGUAGUUCGGCCAACAACAUACACAACACAAAUCAGGUAAGACAGCCACUACAGCCACAGCAACAGCAACAACAGCCGCAACAACCACAGGCACAGCAACAGUCACGUUUGUCGGCAUUUACGCCAGUGGCUGCUGCACGUCUGUCCUUAGCUGGUUUGGCAGCUGCCGCCGCUACGCCCGCAACCACUCAGUCGAGUGCAUCGAUUUCGUCAUCACAGCAGCAGCAGCAGCAGCAACAGCUUCUACUGCAGCAACAAAUGCUGGCAACACUACCGCUAAAAUUAAGUGAGCAAUGUAAUUUAAGUAAUUUGCAUUUGAAUAGUUUUGUUAAUGAAAUGGGCGAGAUUAAGUCAGGUCUCGAACAGCAACAACAACAACAUAAUAGCAAUCAGGUGGUAGGGCUUUUAGGACGCAAUGGUGAUUCUAACGGUUUACUAGCAAACAGUAGUGUCGGUAGCAGUAUUAGUAAUUUAUUAAUUAGCAAUAAUUUAGCAACGGCCGCAGCAACAGCACCAGCAGCAGCAGCUGUAGCAUCCGCAAGUGGAGCAGGAGACGCAGCAAUAGCCCUAUUGCCAACCGCAAACAAAUUGAAUGGGCUGUGGAGCCAAUCGCACGCAACAGUUGCCCCAUACAACAUCACUGGGGUCAAUGCUGGCUCCAGUAUACUAUUCGGUAACCAAACGAGCACCUCCGAUGCCAUUUCAUCACUCUGGGGUUGCUCCCCCUCGUCCGGCUCCAGUGGUUCUUCCUCCACUAGCGGCUGUUCGAGCGGCUCCGGCUCUCAGCCUUCAUUGAGCCCCACCUCCACUGCAUCCACACGUCCGGACUAUCGUAGCAACAGCAAGGAGCCAUUGUGGUCGGCAUCGCAAACAUCGCCCAACAGCAGCAACACUCUCAGGGAUACUUAUUACACCACAAAGGCAGGUGUAGCCAUAACCGCAGCAAACGCUUCGGGCGGAGGGUCUGGCAAUAAUGGCCCCAACAAUCUAGGCGAUAGCGGCCAGCAGUCGACGUCGCCCAGCGCAGCCUCCACUUGCUCCUCGGCAUCGUCCACCUGUUCGUCGGGCUUGGGAUCGAGCGCCGGCAUAGAGGUUGGCGUGUGGCCCAACUGCAAGCUACAAAGUUAUUUUGCAGCCGAUAAUUGCGGUGCCGCCCAGUCCGAUGAAGCUGCGCAGUUCGCCAAGAUAAGCAACAUUUGGGAAAUACCGAACCCGACGGCAGCCGCCACAACACGCGCCACCACCGACCUAUUCACUGAUCUCUGGUGCAACAAUACCGAACGAAGCAGUGUCGCAGCAGGAGCACGCGUCACCAGCAACACAAAUGCCGAUUUCGACCUGGCUCAGCCCAUCGACUUCACCGACUCCAACAACAUUUGGCGCACAAACAUGCCGGCCACAACAUCGCUUGCAAGCGGCAAUGGAGCGCCCACUAGCCGUGCUUCCACCAAGCAACUGCCGACAACGGCAGUGGCGGCUGGCAAUAACAACAAAGGAUUGCGUGCAAAUAUAGGAACCGACUUGGAUAACGGCGGCAUGGGAAUGAGUGCGGCGGAGGCGGAUAGCAACACGGCGUGCAUGCAAUUGUUUUCGGAGCAAUUCCUCAAUUAUAUAAACAUAAUUAACUAUGCGGAUUAACUCAUUAUGAAAUGAAAUGAUAAAAAUUUAGCGAAAUUUUUUAAGUACAUAAUAAACAAAGGCGACAGACAUGUAAAGUAAAGUGGUUCAGCAAGCAGCGGACGGCAAAAAUAAUGGCGAAAAGUGAAAACUAACCAAACAAACUGAUUUGAACAAAAUUAGAAAACAGAUUUAUUUGUAGUAGCAAUAAUGUGAAACGAUGAGUCGACGUCGAGUUUUAUUGUGUUAAUUUUUUUUUUUUUUUUGAUACGUGAGAAGGGAGAAUUUGAAAUAAAAUGCAGAAGUAAUGAAUUGCAACUGCAAAACAUUUAAUAAUACUGUUAUUUAGUUACAAAUAAUCAUACUAAUAAAUAUGUAUUAGUAAGAAGUAGUAGUGUUUGACGUUUAAUGAAAACGAAAAAAUUAGUCCAUUUAUUUUAGUUUAUUUCUAGAUGUAAUUUUAUUUUGCACACUGUGAAGUAAAAGCCUUGAGUGGAACGUUUUGCGUUUAGCUUAUUGCCGAAGCCGUGGAUAUGGAAAUUUGCUUAGAAAAAUAUUUAUGUACACAGAGCAAUAGAAUUCGCGAAAUUGUAAAAACUGCGCUACCAACUUUUUUCAUUGACCAUCUAAAGUAAUGAUUUUUCUUUGGUGCAAAGGACUUCACUGUGCAUAAAGUACCAGCCUAAAUAAAUUUGUCACACGACUUGAAGCUGCUAAACGCGAAAUGUUUCCGGGCAAAUAAAUAUAGCAUAAAGUAAUUUCUUUCUUGUUUGAGUUAUUUUUUUAGUUAAAUUCAAAAAUCUGCAAUUAUCAUCACUGAAAUCAAUGCGUGUACAAAUGUUUAUGUUAAAGGAAUUUGUUGAAUUUUGUUUGAGUUUUAUUUAAAUGGAUUUAAAACACAUCUUACUGUAAAUUAUGAUUUAUUAAUUUAUGUGUAAUUAUUGUAUUUUAAUUAAAAAUUUUUUUUUCCUUUUGGUUUUGCCACAUUUACGAAAUAUUUCUACUUAUUAAACUGUUAAGAAUGGAAAAUGCAUAGAAUUAAAAAAAAUUACCAAAUAUUUUUGUUAACAUAAAGAAAACUACGUAAAACAAAUGAUUACUACAAAAACAUCACAAUUUUUGUGUUUUAAUUGAUUAUUUGUAGAGAUUUUACGUCGUAUAAAUUAAUUAAUUAGUAUUACUUUGAAGUUUUACUUAUUUUAAAAAUUAAAUUAAAUAUUGCUGUGUUUUUCAAUAAACAUAAACCUACUUUUGCAAGAUGAAUGAGAGAAUGUUGCAUCAAGCAACAAGUAAAUGUAUAUUUAGAAGAGGGCAAUUAUUGAAAAAUGAGUGUUAAGAGAAAAUCCCCAAUUCCCUAAUUAUUAGAUUUUAGUGCAAGAAGAUAUUUAGUUAUGCGUUGCUUGUAAUUUUUUAGCGUAACAUCUUUACCUCAAAUUGGUAAUUAUAAUCUAGACACCCGCCAAAAGGACGUGCAGACACAUUCGUGCAUAUUCUGUGCGCACCGUACAGCUACGCAAUUUCCCCUCCGAAAAUGAAGCGCAUUGAGGCGCCUUAAUUCAUGCUAACCCAGAAGUGUGAACGUGCAAGCGGUGCUAGUUUGGCCACUCCCUGCGCGAGCAUACCUUGCCCUUAGUCCAUUCAAGUGUUGAUGCUAUUUGUUUUUGAACUUUAUUUAAUUUUUUUUUUUUCUAUUUUUGUUUGGAAACAUUUUUGUUGCAAAUAUGCCAGCUCUGUAAAUAUUUAUUAUAAUCCUUCUGUUUUUGUAAAAAAUAAAUUGAAAUGCGUGAAUGCAUCACUACAUUCACUUAACACAGCGCAGCGUGAUCAUAUUAGUUGUAAGAAACGAACCCCUCCCCGCCACUCUCACCCAGCCCUUGUUGUUGAUAAGCUUAGCUAAGUAUUUUCCAAAUCUUAAAUUGUAGAUUUUAGUAUUUAAAGUUAAACAAGAACAAAAACAAAAAUUAUAAUUUUAGGUCCAAAACAAAAAAUCGAAAUCUGUGUAUAUCCCAACUAAGUUUGGAAAAUUGAAAUAUGUAAGGAACGCCCAUGUGAUCUCUUUCAAAAUUUGCUUGUAAGCAUAGUUUUAGGCAGUGAGGUAGUGACGAAAAUGUGAGUUGUGUCAUUGACACCGGCAAAAGUUGCCAUCUUCCCUUCGCUUAUACUUUAUAUAUGUUUUUCUUUCCUUUUAUUUGGAGCAAGCUUCCGUUUUUGUGUGCGCUGAAAAGUAGGCUACUGCUGUGACUCCCUUCAACUGUGCUUGGUAAUUGUGAUAUUGCUCAGCUUGAAGGAGCGUUGCUGGUGGACCACUUUAGCACAACCACUUUUCCAAUGUUGUGAUAAUAUAGUAAUUCUUUGGGUUUGAAGCUUGCCUCCCGAAGCACGCAAAGAGCGGCCCUAUGAUUCCUUUUUGACUUUGAUUUGCAAGAUUAUUUUGUGUUUUUGAACUUUUUCUUAGUGUAGCACUAUGAUGAUGUACAUAUAUAUGUAUGCAUAUGCAUUUUAGGUUAAGGAAACUUUCAAUUUAGCGAAUAGUUAACCAAAAUUUAACUACGUUUGAUUUUUCUUCCCUCUUGACGAAUUCAAAAAAUCAAUCUAUCCAAAACAAUAUAUCCCAACAAUUGCUUCUUAUUCCAACUACUGCUUCUCCAUUCCCAUUUAGUAGUUAUAAAUAUUUAAAGGCAAUGUUCUUUUUUUAAGUUUAGUUUUCCCCGGCAUAUUGACAAAAAUUAGGCGAUUAUUAUUAUUUUUUAUUUUGUUUACCACAACUGUGAAAAAAUGUGAAAAUCAGUUCGAAACGAACAAUUUGAAGUCCAAAAAAAAAAACAAAUAAGUUUAGAAACUUAUAAAAACCUUUAAACUUUAAACUUUGUUAUAUCGUAACAGCUGGCAAAUCUGCAACAAAUGCUUUCCAUUAUCUGUUAUUUACUUAUCGUCCUAAGUUUUUUAACGCUUUAAAAUUUUUCAUAACUAUGUUAGUACUAAAAUCUGGUAGUAAUCUUUGAUUUGUCUAUUUCUUGUAAAUUAACAACUUUAAUGAACUGGAAACGUCCCAAAAUUAUGAAUAAGUUUCGUAUUUCAUGCUGAUAACACUUGCAUCCAAUAUAUUCUCCUUUUUACAAAAAAAAAAAAAAAUUAAAAAUCUUUUUUGCAACCGCCCUUUGCGAGUUGUGAGUUGCGAGCUGUACGUGUGCGUUACGCAGUUGCGAAUUAGGAUUUGUGCCGCAUGCUUCCAGUUUCCAAGCAAACGACUGCAAGUGAGUUGGAAGCCCGGUGCAUGAUAUCGCUGUCCAAUUGUUAACUCUACUGUAGUUUUAAAAUUUUGCUCCUCUCUAAGGUUAAGAUUACAACACACACCCACACACAUUGACAAACGCAAAUAGAAUUAAUUAAACUAAGCAUUUUAUACGAAAUUAAGGAAAAACACAAAGUAAUAAGUAAAUGAAAAACUUAUACACAGACACGCGUACAUGAAUAAGUCAGCCCAUUAUUCAGUUGAAUUAUUAUAAUUUUCUCUUUUUAUUUUUUUGUAUUUUGAAAACUAUAAAUAUUUGCUUUCUGCCUUUUGUUAUUUUCAAAUAAUAAUUUUCCAUUUUUUGUCGCUGUGUUGUAAGUAGAAAUAAAAGAAAAAUUUGCAGUAAUUUAGUGCAAAUUUAUAAGUAAUGUAAUUGUAAAUGUGAACCAACUGAAGGAGUUGCGGGACAAAGGUCAAGCGGAAGUAUUUUUUGUUUGUUGUCCGAAGUUGGGCGUAGAGAAGUGUGAAGCAGUGGUAAACACAAUAGCGAUAGCAGCAGACGAGCGGUUUAAAGCUUGUAGCUGAAACAUAUACUUAUACAUUAAUGUACACCCUUACCCACCACUACCACCAAUCGCGUAACAGUUAAAUGAAUUCAAAUAAGCAAGUAAUUGCAGCGUCUGAAGUGAGGCAACAACUUCAUAGAGAUGUUGGCGUGAGUUAACUAAAUAAAUAUAUCUAAAAUACACACACUCACACACACCUAUAUACACACAUAAGUACGAUAAUCGUUAAUAGAGCUUUUGACUAAAUGAAUUUUGUUUAACAACUAUUUGUCUUCUCGGGCAACUACCGAGAAUUCAUAUAUGCAAUAAAUAAAUAAACUAAAUUAAACGUCUAGCGAAAAUAGGAAACCGGAUACAAUAGUUAAACAUAACAAUAGUAAAAGUGCGUAACUGAUGUAAAGUAAUGAAAUAAAUAACAGAUAUCUGCAAUUAAUAUAAUAAUUUUACCUCCCUAGGAAAUGUUGACGAAUAACAUUUAUCGAUUAUUCGCUAACAAACAAAAAGGAAACAAACAAAAAAAUAAAUAAAAUUAAAACGAAAACUCUUUGGUGAAUGUUGGCAUUUAAUGAGUCGUCGAUAUUCAGAAUAUGAAAGUAGGCAACUGCAAUUUUACACAUACAUACAUACAUGCAUGCAAAUGAAGUGAAAUAAUCAUGAAGAGUAAAAUCCAAAUCAAACACACACACAUACACAUGCAAUUAUACUUUUAAUAGUUUUUUGUUUAGGCACAUACAGGCACUAAAUAGAACCACUCAAACACUUGGCACCAGCUGAGGGAUUCUGUAAAUCGUUACCCUAAAGACUCACCUCCGAAUUUGAUUGAUUUGUUUCUUUUUAAUUCCUUUGGCAACUUGUGGAAAUGAAAAUUAAAUAAAGUGAACUGCAAAUCUCGCUGCAGGUGCGCCAUUAAAAAUACAAGAGCGUAUUUUAUGCUUAAUAAAUUUUAAAUAAAGUUUGCGUUUAUCGCGCAAGCAAUCGAACAGCGCAAAUUAUUUUGAAAUGUUUACUCCCAACUGCUUGCGCUUUGUGAAUUCGAAUUAUAAUUUCAAAAUUGUUUAAAUGAACUAUAAUUUGUUGGCAAACUUUCAGUGUCUGAAUUAAACGAUGAAUUACUUGAAACUGUGUAUACUUUUGUGCCGUGCCAACGUUCAGGCUAGCAAGCGUGCAAAAAGAUAGAAAGUUCAAAGCAAAUACAUUCGGUGUUUGAUAUUUAUUGACCUAGUUUUUUUGGUCACAAACAUUGAAAAAAUGAAUUUAUAAAGGUUUUAUUUGCAAAGUAUCUGCAAUUUAAUUCAAAAUAUUCUCUCUAAAAUCAAAAUAUUGCAAAAAAAACAAAUUUGGCGCAUUUUGAAAAUUUAUAUAUCGCUCAAGGCCUCGUCUUUUUAAGUUUGACCAACAUUGUGCAAAGCAUUUAGUUCUUUAUUACUAUUUAAGUUUUCUUAUAGUUUGGUUAUGUUUAUUUCUAGUUUAAUUAUACCCUCUAUUACUUAAAUUUUUAUAGUGCGAGCUUUUUGCACGUUUUUACGCACCACAGCCUUUUCAAAAAAUUAACUAGAAUUUUACUUUCGGAAGUACGUCGAGUUGCGUUAGAAUUAAGGCGAAACGCUGGUGUUGUUUACAGCGGAAAACAUUGCCCAUAGGUGCAUGUAAGUGGAAUUUAAACGAGUUUUCAAAACAGUCAUAACUGGAAUAUCGAAUAGGUCAUAUACAUACAAGGCUUAAAAGCUGGUUGGCACGCCUCUUUUUUACAAAGAACUAUAAUUGAAACAAAUAAAUUGGCUCUGGUCCCAUAACUUAUGCAAGUGAACCUCUUACUUCUUUCUGUCUCGGUUCCUUUUCGGUGAUACGAUAGGAAAUAUUCAUGUACGACUGAUAAACAUUUCGAAACAUAAUUUCUUGCCUGUAUUCGAUGUUCAAAAAAUUUCGUUCCAGUAUUUCAAAAAAUGGUCGACACAUCGAAGUGUUCCGAUUUUGUUUGUCAAUUGUUUGCGGUUUUGGGACUAGCAGAAGAACAUGCCAGUAGUAAUAAUGACUAAUGAAACUCAGACGGUUUAUGCCACGAGGUAUUCAAAUUGUUAGUGUAGGCCACCGCAGCUAAAAGCAAAUUUUUCAAAUUUAUGUAUUUUUUAUAGUUCAUUCAAAAUUCAAUUCAAAAAAUACCAAAAUUAUAACUUAGAAAUCUGAAAAUGUCUUAGUCACUUCUUUAGGUUUAUGCAAAUUAUUACAGUAGAGCACCGUAACCAAAAUCAAGUUCUCAAAAUUUAUAUUUUUUUUAAAUUCUGUUUAGAAAACAUACCAAAAUGAUAAAUGCCUUCUUUAAAUCCACAUAUGAAUUCACAAUUGAUUUUCUGCCACAGAACAUAUUUCCUUAAUACUUUACUGUAAUGUGUCCAUAGUCUUAUAUUCAAAAAAUAUCAUUUUCAUUUUUUACGUUUUUUUUCUUAAUUUUUUUUCCAUAUUUUAAAUUGUAUAAGUUUUCCAAUCGCUUUAAUUCCACUGCAACUUACGCUACUCUCUCAGAUCAUCUGAUGACAAAAUGUACAAACUUUGGAAAGGCUCAGGGCGUACUUGAUUAUGAAAAAAAUCCAUUAUAGUUGGAAUCAAAAAUUUAAGUUUAUUAUUAUAAAUUUCAUUUGUCUUUGUAAAAUUUUAGUAUUUAGAAGUACUUAUGAUCGAAAAAUAACUUUGUUAAAAACUGAAAAACUAAUAUUUUUGUUAUUAUUCACUUUUUUUAAUUAACUUUAAUAUUGCAAGCGUCGAACUAAUGGAAAAUAAUUAGCAUACUGAUUAUCUUAAAAACUUGAUUGCUAAAGUUUAGUUCAAAUAAUUCAAACAAUACAGCUUAUCCAGUGAUAAACCAAUAGACACAUAUAUCUACAUACAUACAUAUAUGUACAUACUACAUACAUACAUAUAUGUACAUACUACAUACAAUUACAUGAUCAUAUAAUAUAAGCAUACAAAAUACUUACAAAUACCUGGGAAAUGCCGUUUCGGUAAACGCAUGUUUGCACACAUUUGCCGCUCUGAGAGAGUGCGAUGCGUUUCUCAACGAAACCACUGCGCAACAUGUUAACUGCAAGCAAAAGUUGCUUAAACACCUAUGCUCCGCAACAUGCUGCCAGCCUACUGCCGAUGGCAUUUUCCCACUGUAAUUACGAUUCAUCACCUUGUAGACUCCGCCAACGACAACAUUAACCAACAUUCACAUAUUUACAUACACUCAUAUAAUACAUACUACUUUUCAUAUGCAAAUAAAAAAUGUUUAAAAAUGAAAGGAAUAACUGAAUUUAAUUAAAAAUUAUGAAUUAUGUGUAAUAUUGUAAUUGCAUUGUACCUAUGGUACAUCGGACGAUGUAACACAUUUAUUAAUUCUACAUUUUAUUUCAUUUUUUCCUGCCCCCUUACCCUUACC